AUGAAAGGCCUCCUUCAGCUUGGAUUGAUUGGUUUAGGAAUUAUCAUUAUUCGUUUUGAUAGCCCCUUGCAAACGCUGUUUGCGUUUGGGAUUAUUGGCUUUGUCCUCACCACUUACUUGAUACCUCGGUUGGGUCCAAGUUUCAUGAAGGUGGGGUUACAAGGAAAGGAUCUAUCUAAACGUGGCCCCGUUGAUCCUAUUCCUGAAUCAAUGGGAGUUGUAGCUUCCAUAGUUUACAUGGUGCUACUCGUGCUUGUUAUACCAUUUGUGUUUUUCAAGUAUUUGGUCUCUUACUCAUCCUUGUCGAACGACGGCGAUAUGCUUUCCAAUUACAAAGAUCAAUACAAUGCCUAUCUUGGAAACCAAUUAUUUCCACAUAACAAGCUCGCAGAGUUUUUAAGUGGUGCCCUAUGCUUGCUCAGUACUAUCAUCUUGGGCUUUUUUGACGAUUUGUUCGACAUCAGGUGGAGACAUAAGUUUUUCUUACCAGCUGUUGCAUCACUUCCAUUGUUAAUUGUGUACUAUGUUGACUUUAGUGUGACUUCAAUCGUUGUUCCAAGCUUCAUCACCAAAUCUAGCUCAGGUGUUCGCCUCGUUCUCUUCAUAGAUUGGACAUCCCGUCUAGCGAACGAGCUACUCACGAAGGUGACGGGCCUCCGAUUCACUACACUAGCAAUAGAUUAUACCAUCGGCUCCGACAUUCCAGUUCUUUUAGACCUUGGAGUUUUCUAUUAUGGGUAUAUGUCAGCAUUAUCUAUCUUUUGUCCGAAUUCAAUUAACAUUUUGGCAGGUAUCAAUGGGUUAGAAGUCGGCCAAUCAAUCGUGCUUGGUCUUGUAUUCUUAUCCAACGACCUAGCCUAUCUUUACACACUGUCCAUUUCUCAGGCUGCCCGUGAUUCUCACUUAUUGUCAGCAGUUUUUUUGAUACCGUUUAUAGGUGUCUCCCUUGGGCUUUACGUCUAUAACAGAUAUCCGGCACGUGUUUUCGUGGGAGAUACGUAUUGCUAUUUUAGUGGUAUGGUUUUUGCUGUUAUUGGUAUUCUUGGUCACUUUUCUAAAACGCUUUUGAUGUUGUUCAUUGUCCAAAUUAUCAACUUCCUUUAUUCUAUUCCACAAUUGUUUCAUAUCGUACCGUGCCCCAGACACCGGUUACCCCAUUUUGACCCGGAGAAGGAUUUAAUGUACCCCAGCUACGCCAAAUUUGAGAAUGGUAACAUUUUAGGCAAGAAACUAAUUCAGAUGCUUGCUAGCCUUCGUAUGGUCGCCGUGAAGAGGAACCGCGAAGGAGAGAUUACAGAGUUCUCGAAUCUCACCAUUAUAAACCUUACUCUAGUUGUCAUCGGCCCAUUGACUGAGAAAAAACUUUGCUACAUUAUCUUGGUUUCCCAGUUUGCAUUGAGCAUCACAAUGCUUUUCUUGCGUCACACGUUGGGCCCUUGGGUCUUUGGAUAUGAUAACUUGUCCUGGGGUAUCUUCAUCACUGGAAUUUUCAAGAAAAGGACAACGAUCAUGGACAUCUCAAAGCCAGUUGGGUCGGAGGUUACCUCAGUCGACUUUGGGGUAAUGUCUGCUGACGAAGUCAGAAAGUUGUCUGCUAAACAAAUUACCAACCCUGUUGUUUUUGAUAAUCUUGGCCAUCCUAUCACCAAUGGCUUGUAUGAUUUGGCUCUCGGAGCUUUCUUGAGGAAUUUGUGUACAACUUGUGGACUUGACGAACACUCGUGCCCUGGUCAUCAAGGUCAUAUUGAUUUACCAGUGCCAGUUUAUAAUCCAUUGUUUUUGAAUCAAGUCUUCCUAUUUUUGAGAUCCUCCUGUCUUUAUUGCCAUCACCUCAGACUCAACUCAUUGGAGGUUCAUAAAUUUGCAUGCAAGCUUCGUUUGAUUCAGUAUGGCUUGCUUUUAGAGUGUCAAGAGCUCGAAGACAUGUCUGCCCUGGACAAUGCGAAUGCUGAUGAGGCAGAGGACGACAGCAAGGAGUACGUCCCUGGUGACUCGAAAACCGUUUCCCUCUUAAAGCAGAAAAGAGAGCUGUUUGUCGAACUGGCAAUCUCCGCGGCAUUGAAAGAGGGAAGAACUGAAACUAAAGGAGUUGUUACAGAAACCGUGGGGGAAGUUCGGAAGGAAGUUGUUGGUGCAUUUUACAAGAAGAUAUUGUCAAGAGGUAAAUGCGAAAAUUGUGGUAUGUUUUCUCCUACAUUCCGUAAAGAUGGAGCUGUGAAGAUAUUUGAGAACCCUUUGACGGACAAACAGGAAAGCAGCAACAGGGUAAAGGGAGGUACCAGACCAGAUGCUUUGAAGAAGAACUCGACAUCAUCCCAUCCGACCACAGUCCCCAAGUUGAAACCAAGAUCGGGCUCCAAAUAUGUUCUCUCAACGGAGGUUAGGUAUGUUUUACGAAACGUAUUCCAGAAUGAACAGGCGAUCAUGCAGAAGGUCUUUCAUUCCAGGCCAACAUCAAUUGAUGUUGUAAGUGCUGAUAUGUUUUUCAUUCACGCUUUAAUUGUCCCAGCAACGAGAUUCCGUCUUCCUUCAAAACUCGGCGAUGAAAUUCAUGAGAAUGCGCAGAAUGAACUCUUGUCGAAUAUUUUGAAGACUUGCUUGCUCAUUAGGGAUUUGAAUGAUCAGAUAUCCACUCUAUUCUCAAAGGAAAAGGCAUCUCAUGCAGAAAACAGAAAAAUACUUUUCAAUAGAUUGAUGAAUGCUUUUGUUACCAUUCAAAACGACGUCAACGUGUUUAUUGAUUCCAGCAAGAACAUGAAUGGAAGUGGCGGAAAGCAGCCUACCCCCGGAAUUAAACAAGCGUUGGAAAAGAAGGAGGGAUUGUUUAGGAAGCAUAUGAUGGGAAAGCGUGUCAACUAUGCAGCUCGUUCAGUUAUCUCGCCAGACCCGAACCUCGAAACGAAUGAGAUUGGUGUUCCUCCCGUCUUUGCUGUCAAGCUCACUUAUCCCGAACCUGUUACUUCUCAUAAUGUUUCUGAAUUAAGACAGGCCGUUAUCAACGGUCCUGAUAAAUGGCCAGGAGCAAUUGAGGUCCAGAACGAAGAUGGGUUCAUGACUUCGUUAGUGGGUAUGUCUCUAGAGCAAAGAAAAGCCGUGGCAAAUCAGCUUCUCACCCCAUUGAACGGGUUUUCAAGCCUCAACAAGAAGGUGUUUAGACACAUUAAGAAUAACGAUGUUGUGGUCAUGAACCGUCAACCUACUUUGCAUAAGGCGUCCAUGAUGGGACACAAAGUAAGAGUCUUGCCUGGCGAAAAAACCCUUAGAUUGCAUUAUGCGAAUACUGGUGCUUAUAAUGCUGACUUUGAUGGUGAUGAGAUGAAUAUGCAUUUUCCACAGAAUGAGAACGCGAAGUCGGAGGCACUCAAUCUUGCAAAUACUGACUCCCAGUACUUGACUCCAACAUCGGGGUCUCCUCUCAGAGGUCUUAUUCAGGAUCAUAUCAGUGCGGGAGUUUGGUUGACAAACAAGGAUACUUUUUUCACAAGGGAGAAAUACCAGCAGCUUGUCUAUGGAUGCAUUCGACCCGAAGAUGGUCACACCAACGGAAGAGCUCGCAUUCUUACUGUCCCUCCAACUAUAUUGAAGCCGGAAGCACUUUGGACAGGAAAGCAAGUCAUCACAACAAUUCUUCUCAAUAUUAAGCCCAAAGAUGUCCCAGGGAUUAAUCUCGAAUCUAAGAACAAGGUGAAGAAUGAAUACUGGGGCAAGGACUCUGAGGAGAAUAACGUGGUUUUCAGAAAUGGUGAACUUCUCUGUGGUAUCUUGGACAAAUCGCAAUACGGUGCAGCGCAGUAUGGUAUUGUUCAUUCCCUUCAUGAAGUUUACGGGCCUUCAAUCGCCAGCAAAGCUUUGUCCGUGUUGGGAAGGCUUUUCACGAAUUAUACAUUAACCACUGCAUUCACUUGUGGUAUGGAUGAUUUGAGAUUAACGAAAGAAGGAAACGAAUGGAGAGAUGACAUUUUGAAGAAGUCAGUCGAUAUCGGACGAGCUGCAGCAUGUGAAGUAACUAAUUUAGAUACUUCAACCCCUAACAAUGACAAGGAAUUGUUAAAGAGACUCGAAGAAAUUUUGAGAGACGACAGCAAACUGGGAAUUUUGGAUGCUAUCACACAAUCGAAGGUGAAUGCGAUCACAUCACAAGUUGUUGGUAAAUGCGUUCCAGACGGCACCAUGAAAAGAUUCCCAUAUAAUAGUAUGCAAGCUAUGGCAUUGUCAGGUGCCAAAGGCUCGGGUGUUAACGUGUCUCAAAUCAUGUGUUUACUCGGCCAGCAAGCCCUUGAGGGAAGAAGAGUGCCGGUUAUGGUGAGCGGUAAGACUUUGCCCUCGUUCAAACCUUUUGAAACAGAUGCCAGAGCCGGUGGUUAUAUCAAGGGUCGUUUCUAUUCUGGUAUCAGGCCACAAGAGUACUACUUCCAUUGUAUGGCAGGUAGAGAAGGUUUGAUCGAUACUGCGGUUAAGACCUCCAGAUCCGGCUAUUUACAGCGCUGUCUUACAAAGCAAUUGGAAGGUGUGCACGUCGCUUAUGAUAAUUCUGUGAGGGAUGGUGAUGGUUCUUUACUUCAGUUCCUUUAUGGUGGAGACUCCGUGGAUACCACCAAGCAAUCUCACAUGAACCAGUUCGAUUUCUGUCUCAAAAAUUACGAUGCUCUAGUCAGUCGCUACAACCCAGGAGAUCUUGCAGGCCACUUGGAUACGGAAGCAGCGUUGUCCUACGCCAAGAAAGCAAGAAAGCAUUUCAAGAAAAAUUCACUGUUGAGCCAUUACGAGCAGAGUGCAAAAUAUGAUCCAGUUCUUUCAGUUUUCAGUCCUUCGAAAUACUUGGGUUCCGUUUCCGAGAAAUUUCAGGAUAAAUUGGAUACUUUCACGAAGCAGAACGCCGCACUUUUCUCUAAACAUCUGGAUGAUGCGGUCAGUGAGAAGAAGUUCAAAGCUCUAAUGCAACUCAAGUAUAUGAGGUCAUUGAUCAACCCCGGUGAGGCGGUUGGUAUUGUGGCUGCUCAGUCUAUUGGAGAGCCAUCGACCCAGAUGACCUUGAAUACCUUCCAUUUUGCUGGUCAUGGAGCUGCUAAUGUCACACUUGGUAUUCCAAGAAUGAGAGAGAUCAUCAUGACUGCGUCUGCUUCGAUCGCAACUCCUCAGAUGUCUUUGCCUAUAUUAGAAGAUGUGGAUAAUUCCAUGGCAGAUUCUUUCUGCAAGUCUAUCGGCAAAGUUUACUUGAGUGAAUUUAUUGACGAUGUGACUGUGACUGAAACUACUGGCGUGGAAGAAGGAAGUACUUCUUCCUAUAGAGCAUACAAGGUCAGAAUUAAUUUUUACCCGAAGGUGGAGUAUGAGCAUGAGUAUGACAUUUCGCAAGAGCAGUUGGAAGCCACCAUUUCUACUAAAUUUUUGGACAAAUUGGAGUCGGCAAUCAACAAAAGUUUGAAGACGCAAACAAAGAACUCAUCUAAACCUUCAAUUGGGAAAGCUUUGCCGAAAUCUCAGACCGACGCUGCUAUAUUACCUGGUAAGAUUACUGACAUGGAAGAAGGUGACGACGAUGCUACAGAUGAGAAGAUCCGGACCAACUCUAAGCAAGCUGUUUCUUAUGAUGAACCUGACGAAGACGAAGUCGAAAAUAUGAGGAAAGCGGAGCAAACUUCUGACGAGGAAAUCGAAGAAUCAGGGGAUUCUGACGAUUCGGAAUCGGAUUCUGAUUCCGAUGGAGAAGAUAAGAUGGUACUCGAUGAAGCAAAAGAGAAGAUGCGUUUACCCAAGGAUCUCUCUCGAGCUGCAAGAGAUAGGCAAGCGGAAGUGAUAUCAUCGCAUCAUUACAUCAAAAAGUACAACUUCGAUGACGAAGCUGGUCAUUGGUGCGAGUUCGAAAUCGAACUACUUGGAGAUGUCCAAAAGUUAUUGAUGGUGAACAUCAUUGAGGAUUUAUGUCGUGGUGUCGUGGUUAGAGAGAUAACCAACAUAGGAAGGUGCCUUCGUCCACAGCAAGACAACAGCAAGCGUGCUUUAACCACCGAAGGUGUUAACUUCAAGGCGAUGUGGGAGCAGGAUGAUUUCAUCGACGUCAAUGCUAUUACGUCCAACGAUAUUGUUUCGGUCUUGAAAACUUAUGGUGUGGAGGCAGCAAGAAACACAAUCGUGAACGAGAUCAAUAACGUUUUCUCUACUUAUGCGAUUUCUGUUUCAACGCGUCAUCUCGACCUCAUUGCUGACAUGAUGACAAGAGAAGGUACCUAUCGUGCUUUUAACAGACAAGGCAUAGAUUCUUCGACCUCCGCAUUCAAGAAGAUGUCGUAUGAGACCACCUGCCAAUUCUUGACGAAGGCUGUGCUUGAUGGCGAAAGAGAGGAUUUGGAUUCGCCAUCAGCAAAGAUAGUGAUGGGCUUGUUGUCUAACGUGGGUACCGGAUCAUUUGACGUUAUGACUGAUAUAAAGCACGGUGAUUAG